AUGGACCCAAGAUACAACAACAACUUCGUGCCCCCGACCAGGGCACCGUCCGCAGCGCCUUCAAUGGCCGCGUCGGAUUUGACCUUCUACACCGCUCGCAAUCAAUUCUAUGACGUCGAGACGCUAGACGAGGAGAGACCCUCGCCGCCGCCCCAGAAGCGCGUGUCCAAAUCUCGCAACAGCCACAGGCGACGCGGGAGCCGAGCCAGUAUUGACCGUCCGCCAUCCGCACAGGCUAUCAAGCGUCAUGAUUCUGGAUAUGGCUCCAACGGGCACAGCUCCAAUGGAUACGCUUCCAACGUCUAUCGCCCAGCCACGGCCCAUGCAAAGCGGCCCUCAACCAAUGCUCUCACCCAGCAAGGCCGCGCAGGACAAACCACGCGCCGUCGUGUCCCGAAGACCUACCAGGCCUCCAACAACGAGUCGGGCCUUCAUCUCGCCCGGCCAUCUACCUCUAAUGCCCGGCGCUCGAGCACCUUCUUCCACUUCCCGGCGGCGAACGACCCCUUGGCGCCCAGGCAGGAUUUCAGCACCCAUGCCGACUUCACCACUCAUGCAGACUUCACCACUCACGCCCCUACUCAGUACCGCGCCAGGUCCAGGUCCAGGCACACAGACUAUCAGACCAUCGACGACUCCAGGGGCGGGUUCGGUGGCUGGCUCAAGCGCACCUUUGGCAGUUGCAUGUCGGCAAAGGAGCCCCGGGGCAGCGUGCGUCACUACAGGCCGGAGAUGGAUGAUUCGUAUUACGAGGAGAAGAGGGCGCCUCACCCGCAGGGCUGGCAGGGCCAGCCUCUCAAGAUGAAGAGCUAUUAA